GAGUCCGAGUGCGGCUUCGGUCGAUGGGGCCCUCUGGGGCGGUUCCAGGUCCGUCCUCGAGCUGUCCUGCGUUAGCUUGUCUGGUAGCGCCGGGAUGGGAGGCGGAGCUGGGGCCGCGAGCACACCGAGCCUCCCCCCAGCCCCCUCCCUUCGCCAGCCUCCUAGACACCGCCCGCAACCCCCCCUCCCCGGCCUGUAUCGCCAGACCACACCCCUAGGCCCCUCUCCCAUCUCCACCUUGACCCUCCGGACUCUCAGCCGCCCCUUCGCCCGGCUUUGACCUCGCUGGAUGGUCCCGCACAGCCGGCGUGACCCUCAACCGCGAACCGCUCCACUGGGACGCUGUAAUGGAGGCUGCGAUCCCUGUGCUAGUGUGACCGAGGAGGCCGCCGUGACUAACAAACUGGGGGCCUCGCAAGCUGCUACAGCUUGACUGAAAGAACCACGGGGCUGCUCCCCCUCUGCGUAGGCCUGGCUCGCUCUGCUGCCGUGCUCUUUCCAAGGGAAACUGUCUGGCAAGGGGAGAUUACACCAGACAUCUGCCCCCAUUGCAGUAUACUUGUGCAGCCUAGCCAUCGCUUACAUUGCAGUUACUGCUCACACAGCACCCUGUGCCUUGGAGGAGCAAACCUUACUGGAUAGUCCAUGGGAGGCUUGCGAGCUGCUGCUCGGAGGGGGCCUGGUGGGAUUUGCAUGUCUCCGCAACACCCUUCCCCAGCUGACCUGGAAAAUCCACCCCUAGGGCUGUGGGAAACGACCAGGGGUCAUUUCUUUUCUCUAGCAGAAUGGGGGUGUCAAACACUGCAGAAGCCACCAGUCCCACUGGCGCGAGUUACUCAGUCCAGGCAUCCCGUCUGCCCUGGGCUGGUGGGCCACGCCCUGUUCCUGAUGCCCAUGCUCUCCUCCAGCAUGAACUGCGUAGCUGAGUUCUUCACCUAUGAGACCACCAAGUCGGUGGUGGUGAAGAGCUGGACCGUUGGCGUGAUCAACCGGGUUGUGCAGCUGCUCGUCAUCUCAUACUUCAUCGGCUGGGUGUUUCUCCAUGAGAAGGCGUACCAGGUGCGGGACACCUCCAUUGAGUCCUCUGUGGUGACUAAGGUCAAGGGCUUCGGCAAAUACACCAACAGGGUCAUGGAUACGGCAGACUACGUUACACCCCCACAGGGGACGUCCGUCUUCGUGAUCAUCACUAAGCAGAUUGUCACGGAGAACCAGGUGCAAGGCUUCUGCCCUGAGAGCGAAGUGAAGUACAGCUGUGUGUCUGACAGUGAUUGCCAGAGGCCUGUCCCUACUACAGGAGGCGGGAUCCUGACUGGCCGGUGUGUGAACUACAACAGGAGCCUGUGGACCUGUGAGAUCCAGGGCUGGUGCCCGGCUGAGGUGGACACCGUCCAGGCCGUCCAUAGAGGGUGGAUUGGGGCCAUGGCCUGGUGGCACUGUGCUGUGACUAUGCUCUGCCCCACAGGCCCAAAGGGAUCUUUACUGUUUAGUCACCUUGAGCUCAAGCUACUGCCAUCCACACUGUACCUGGCCUCAGAGCCCAUCCAGCCCGACAGGAUUAUUCUCAAUCACAUCAGCGCCCCUCAGCCCAGGCCAUGUACAGCUUUCCCUGAUUGUGCAAGGAGCUGCACAGACUCCACAGACACAAAGAGCUCUAAGCUGCGGCCCAUCAUGCUGGAGGCAGAGAAUUUCACCCUCUUCAUUAAGAACAGCAUCCGCUUCCCGCUCUUUGACUUCGAGAAGGGUAACCUGCUGCCCAACCUCACGGCCCAGGACAUCCGGACGUGCCGCUUCCAUCCCGUCACCCAGCCCUUCUGCCCCAUCCUGCGCCUGGGCGACAUCGUCCGCUUUGCCGGCCAGGAUUUUGCCAAGCUGGCCUCCACGGGAGGAAUUCUGGGGAUCAAGAUCGGGUGGGUGUGUGACCUGGAUCGCUCAUGGGAGCACUGCGUGCCCAGCUACACCUUCACCCGCCUUGAUAGUGUCUCCGAGAAGAACAACGUCUCUCCCGGCUACAACUUCAGGUAUGCCAAGUACUACAGGCGAGAGAAUGGCACCGAGUACCGGACCCUGAUGAAGGCUUUCGGCAUCCGUUUCGAUGUGCUGGUCUACGGGAACGCUGGGAAAUUCAACAUCAUCCCAACCCUGAUAAACACCGUGGCAGCCUUCACCUCUGUCGGGGUGGGCACUGUGCUGUGCGACAUCAUCCUCCUCAACUUCCUGAAGGGCGCAGAGCAGUACAAGGCAAAGAAGUUCGAAGAGGUGACGGAUGUGACCCUGUGCCACAGCCCCGUGUACAGGAGCAGCCAGAUGCUGGGAGGCCGGAACGAUGAGAAGCAAUCCACCGACUCGGGGGCCUACUCCAUCGGCCUCUAGUGCCCCUGCCCCUGGCAACUAGACAGUUUCCUGCCCGCCCUCUGUUGCCGCAGGCACCUUGCCCCUGCUCAUUGGCAAGGGCAUCUUUUGUACACUCCCCUCCUCUGAUCCUCUGCUUCUUCCAUCUUCCUCAUCACCGACCAGAGUCUUCCUCAUAGGUUCCUUCGCCAAGGGGGUGGAAAUCUCUCCUCCGGCAUGUCCUCAAGAAAGCAUUGCCAUCUCCCUCAGGAAGCGUGCACCAUUCCCUCCCCAUCGAACCUGGACAGUGCCAAGGAGCAGGCAUGGCAGGCAGAGGCCAAUGUGGUGGCUGCUGGUACUGGCACCACUCAGUUACCAGCAUGCCUGGCACUGUACAAGAAAUGGGCAGCACUCUUCACCCUGGGGGGCACGUGCUCCUCAGCAGGGCACACUCUCUCCGGGUUUGGCUGGGUGCUGAGAGCUCAGGAGGGCACCCUUUCAACGGAGGGGUGGAUGGGAUUGGUUCCCUUGUCCCAGCAGGGGGCUGUCCUUCCAGCUCAGGCACUCUCUCCAGCACUGAGAGGGGCACCCCAAGGGUGGGAGUGUGGGGUCUCUUUUUGCCAGCGGGGGGUUUUCUCCCCAUCUUCGCUCCUAUUUCCAUCCUGGCAGAUUUCCAGAUUCCGGAGGGGGGAGGAGGAGGAAGCAGGCCUUGGCGGGACAGGGCAUCCGGACCCAGGGACAUGCUAUUACCCCCCUCCAGUGCUGACUCCAUUCUCCCACGCCAGGGCUUUUUAAUCAAUAAAACUCACUUUCUUGUC